AACGCGGUUCUUCUAUCGGGGCUAAUCGCUCUCUUAUUCAAUAAACAUCACUCCUAAUAUUGCCUAAAUUGAAACUCCGUAUACGAACUAAAUUGGAGAGGGGGUGUGCUGGGAAGUGCGGAGAAUAAUGAGGUACAUUUAGCGUAAGAGCUGGACCAAUUUUCUGAUUGCAAAGUGAAGGGUUGCAACCUUGAAAGGACAAGUUACUGGUUCUUAUAACGGAUUUAAGGGUUAAUUACUUCUAAAGAGACGUCUUCGACAAGCUUGGGUGGACCAACGGCGCUACAUGAUAGCUUUGGAAGAGAUUGGAGGAGGGUAAUUAGAUGGAAAUGGUCUUUUGUUGCCAGGGACCUUCCAAUUGAGCCCAUGGGGUCGUCGACUGUGACAGGUUAGUUCUCAAAGGUCCUAUCCGUCGCUUUUUCCGUGACCAUUCACCCACCCCCUGAAUCAAAUGACUCUCUGAUAGAAUAUUGAUAGGCCAUUGGAAAAGAAAGAAAAGAAAGAGUGACAGUUAUGUUCUGAAAAGAGACAGAAAGCGGUCGGAAAAGGGGUAACUUUUCCUUUUAAGAGAUUAUCAUCUUUGGAGUAAAUUGGAGACAUGUUUCUGCACGUUUGAAAUAAAGUGAAACUAAUGGAUUGCGCUCCCAUCGCCCUCAUGCCGGAUUAUAGCUAACCAAUCGAGCAAAAUUGGAGACAAGUUUCUGCACGCUAAUAAGGGGAAACUUCUGAAUAUUUCUUUUGCCCAUCGUCAGACGUUACAGCUGAAUAUUCAAUUCUUCUGCAGAUCACGGAUUUUGGGUAAAAUACAAGCGGGGUGACGAAGAAACAUGCACCGCAAAUCAUCCAUUCGGCAUGACUCUAGCUCGAGAUAAGAGUAUGAUUUAUGAAACUCCUAUCUCGGCUGUAUAUUGGAUGUUUGAUUUACGCUGAAUCACUCCUGAAAUACGACAGUGAAUUUAGUUUUACAGCUCAGUGAACUUUUCGAACACCCCAUCAAAAUUUAUUUUUGAGGCCAAUUUGGAUCUAUUGAUGCACCGUUUAAGGAGUACUGAUUUCGAGCAAGAAAAGAUUUAAUUACUUUGUGAAUUCGUAUGAUUAUACGGUCUUUGCAACUGUGGCGAUAGCUUGUCGACGUCAUUUUAGCUUUAGGACCUAUCACAUUUUCUACAGUCGUGCUGGGGUCUUUUAACUAGUGCAUUGGCUCGCGUCUUCGAAGUUGUGUUUUCUGAAUCCUCAACGACAAAAUUCCUUGGCCUGGAUGAAUGAAAUUCAUUUUCCCGAGUCGUCUGAGAGUUUUCCAGUGAGUGACGGGUGAUCACCCAGGAGGAACACAGGGGGAGAGGUCGGGAGCGCGGCCCGGGGUCAACGCGACCAAUUCCGGUCGUUCGACCACUGCACUGUGAGGUCUGGGAGACGUUUUGCUAAGCAGACGACAUCCAACGCAUCUCGAAAUUUUUGUGCGUCGCGCGUCGCCCGGAGAACGCCAUUUUUUGCGGUUGGAGAUCGAAGAAAAAAAAGCUUGACGCGAAAGUCUUCAGAACUUGUGACUUGUGGACUGAUUGACCUUGUCAUGUAAAGGGUCAGGAUCGAUUAUCAUUUGGAAUUAAAAAACUACGCGUGACAGGCUUACCACGGAUUCACUCGCACAAGUUUUCGUUUCAUUUUCUUCGCGCGUCCACCGACUCGAUCGUGUUUGCUGCCAGUCUCCGCGACUGAUUGACAGGCUUCCCCCGUCGAGUUGACGCCGAUAGCCUAGGGGGAGAGUAGCCGCAUCCCUCGGUGCCACAAAUCCGCUAAUCGUUGAGAAUCCCCAUGGUGACAUAAACUAACAGGUAAUUCUACUAUCAUAACCUAAAACGGACCCCUGAAAUCCGUGCAAUAAUAGAGACGAAAAUGCCCAUCUCGCUCACGAAAAAUGCCAGUGAUUGUAGUAAGUAAUUGCAAAGGUCAUAAGGCCGUGGACACAUGUACGUACUAAACUAGCCAUAAGCAGCGCCGAUCACCAAAAAACGGUUUUCAGCAGAAACGAGAUCAUCUUUAAGAAUAGACAGAUAGCCUUUGUAUUCAUCUUACUUUUCAUUAUAUGAGCUUGAAGAUAAUAUAGAAUAUAAAAUACAAGCAGGAUUAUUAAAAGAGGACCAAACAAGAGCGAUUGACGAAAAUUUCGUAUUCCGGUGGACGUACUAACAACAUCUCUCUCUCGAGCUAUUGCAAUGGAUGGUUAAUAUUUGAGCCUUUUCUCUAUACUUGCGAAGCCUGACUUAAAAAAGAAAAUAAUCUGAAAAUACUGCGCUGGAACUUUAGUCUUCAGAGGAAAGGAACAGCAGAAUAAGGACGCCAAAAUAUACCGGAAUCCACAUUAUUUUAAGUUUUAUUAUGGCUAAAUACCAAUGACCACUUAAUUCUAAUGGACUGAAAGGAAGUUUAAAAUAAAUUGUUGACGUUUCACUGAGCUUUUAUCUGUGUGCUCUCAAUGGAAACAUACCCCAAUCAUCAUUUUUGACUUUGAGAAUUGGACCGUUUUGACUGGGCUGACGGAAGAUGACUUGACGCAAGUUCUUCGGCGGCAAAGUCUACAGUAACGUCAAAACAAAGCGACCACGUCCAGUGCACUCUCCAAAGGUACUAUAAUUUAAAGGACUCUUUUGCACAACAUGGAGGAAACAGGAGAUACGACUUUUUGCAUCUGCAUGCUACAUUACAAUAGUGUGAACCUGUCAAGGAGGUUACGACAUAAGGCAGUAACUCACAGACAUUAUGAUCCCGCGUCUCUGUCCACAUUCCAUCGUGUUUUUAUAACGAUGUGUAUAAUUUUAGCCCUAUGUCACGGAGACCAUGGACAGAGUUUGUACGAACAGGAGAGAAUCUUUCUAGAUCUUCGUACGGGUAUCGUAGAACAAGGUCAGGGCGAAUUCAUCAAACUCUUGGUCUAUCCAAAAGCCUCGCCGAAUUUUGGCUGCGACGGACAAGCCGUGCUCAAAAUCUCGUUUGCUGGUCCCUACAGGAUGGCCAGGUUCUUUUUAGACUACUACGAACCGCCGCGAAAUUGGACAUUGGAUAUUUCCGACUCGCCCGGCGGCGACGGGAUGGGAGGCGAUGGUGACUUGACGUCUAACAUGGCGGAAUUACAGAUACGCGACAAGCAGAUGCGCGUCUAUAGCAACGGACUCUCAGGGUAUACAUCGGAGACCUUAAACGGUGGUCUCCUUCUCAAGAUCGUCGACGAUGUCGUCGAAGCCGGCACCAAGCUCAAGCUGGAGAUCGCAGACGAGAAAGUCAGGUGGAAUAACCGCGAAAACAGCAAAGGGGUCAUGGAAAGUCGGUAUUUAUUCAUGCUGAAUGGACAGACGCCCGAAUACGGGGAGAUGGACCACGAUAUUUACGUCGGAUUGAAUCGGGUUCCUUCGAGCACGUCUCGGACAGGUUCGGGUCUUUGUCGGGCGACGAUCAUCAUGCUGUCGGAAAGAGAUCCGGAACCAACCACUGAGUCGGGUAAGUCAAAUUUCCUAAUGCAUAAACAAAUAUUAUCUAUUUCUUAAAUAUGAUUAACUUUCCAAAGUGACAAAAGUUUCCUUUGCGCAAAUCCUUGCGACGGGGCAUUGUUUCCAUCAUAGCCCACUGCGAGAGAGAGUUGCUAUAUUGACACAGGCGUGGGCUCUAAUGUCAAAUCAUCUAGCUCCAACUAGUUCCCUCCCACAGGUAAUCUCUCUGGAAGGGAACAUCUUCGGAGCUUCUCGAAUUUGACGUAUGACCGCGUGCAACUUCCGGUGGCAUAACUAUCUCUACGAGCUAUGUUUUUCCAAUCUUGCACGUCAGGUAGGUGCAUUGCUCGGGAACGCGCCGAACCGUUUAUCACGAAUGCAACUUCCGGUGACAUAACAAUCUUUACGAGCUAUGUUUUCAAAUCUUGCACGCCGUGCAUGUGCAUUGCUCGGGAACGCGCCGAACCGGUCUUGCACGAAUGCAACUUACUUCAUACGGGACUUGGAACAAAAAAAGGGGAAAAAGUCCGCGGUUAUCACUCAUUUUGAAUGAAUACUACGAAUGUCAACAAAACGUGCUGUUUGGUAAUUGUCUGAUGAUGUAGCAUCAGCGGUUGGUUUUAUCGCUGCUGGAGAUUGAAUAUGACCUGUCAGGUACCUAGGUCUGCAGAAUUCUUGAAGUAGACCAGGCAUCAGCUGAUCAUUAUCCGCCAAGACAGACUUACAUCAGUUGAUAUAGUUAAUAAUGCUAAAGAUGAUACGAUGUCAUUGUUAAAUGUAUUCAAUAUUUUUUUCUCAGCUAGAUGAAUAAUCUUUAGCUCUUCAAAUCGGCAUUUGUAGAUGUUUUUCUUUCAGUCUUACAAUGCUAAAACAAAAGAGCAUAUGUAUAUAAUACAAUGCACGGAAUAAGCAUCUACAUGAUAAGGUAGGAAAUUAAUGUCAAAUUGAUUACAAAUGUAUUUAAGUUUGUCAUAAAUUUCAAGUUGCCAAUUCAAAGAUACUCGCGCGUAUUUUCCAAUAAAUGAUUAUUCAAGAAACUAAUAUCGAAGAUCUGUAACGGCAUAAAAUAGACAAAAUUGAGAGCCUUUUCAUGCAUUGUUUGUAGAACGUAAAACAUACUUCGAGAGCACCUUAAUCAUUUAUAAAGGUGUUUACCAACUUCUUAAAUGAAGCUUUUUGAGUGACAAGUUUGAGCACCUAUUUCAACAUCUCUUUCUUGUGUUUUUUGUUAAACUCCGCAUCACGCAGGGAGCUUUUUGAGGGCAUGGGAUGGCGGCGACUGCUAAUUCUGUCGUUCUGUCCACGUACCUUCCAUUUUGAACUAGCGUUCGUUGACACUCUCUCGAAUAACUGGGGAAGGAGGUUAUUCCAAUCAACGCCGUAUUCUCUAGCAGUGGAUAGCAAUAAAUCGUUAAAAUCGUGGAAGACGAGACUUUGGUUCCGUUAUCUUGGCAUCGUCGCUGAGAAUUCCAUCGCUAAAAGCAUCACAUCAUGUUUGUAAUUCGAUUCAGGGUAGAGAUUGAUGAUCGGUCAAUGUCGUGCCGAUGUUCCAAUUUUUGGUCCAACUCUCUUCAGGAUAAUCCGAGACCUGUCGUAAUCCCAACCCUUUAUAAGGUGAGAUAAUCUCUCAGUCCUACCGAAUAGUGACGUAGUGUCUUAUGCCCCGCCUUCUACAAAAAUAGUUCUGAAAAAAGGUAAAAACUUACACGCUGAGGCCCGAAUUCACAAAGCAAGGUUUGAGCUCAGACCAAGGUUUGAGCUC